UAGCUAUCUGCAUUGUAGCUAUCUGUUGCAUUGCUAAACAUAAGAAGUGAGUCAGUGUUGAUUGAGCUAUGGCUGGUAUUCGUCAGCGCGCUGCCUCUAAGAAGGACCCAUCUCCUCCUCCACUAUACUCUGUGGAAAAGCUCUCAGCAGAUGUGAGACAGCUCAAACAAUCUGCAAUUGAAAAGGAGGUUACACUAAAAGAAUUAAUGGGGUCUGCUGCUGUAAAGGAUCAACUCAAAAUACCAAGUGAGACCCAACAUACCAAGAAGGGAUCAGCCAGCAAGUCGUCCACCAGUCCCCUGUGGUCUACACUGUUCCUAUGCUAUCGAGUGAUGGUGAUGUUUAGUCUCACUUUUGUUGUGUUGACUCUCCUCAUCUGGUUCUCUCCCUCCAUCACCUCCAUCCUCCUCAAGUAUGUUCACACGAGGCUCUACUAUAUCAUCCGUCCCUUUCGAAUGGGCAUAGCUACCGUGUACCCUCUGUUCAAUACAUUUGGUUUAGACCUUAUAAAUUCCGACUGUUUUUUGGAGAAUCCCUUCAUAUCAGAAGCCAACUAUUGUCCUUGUCUGCGUGUCAAGUUCCCCAAAGAGUUGGAGCUAACAGCAGAGUCCCCAACCCUCCCAGACACUGUUUUUCAACUGCCCACCUAUGACGUCUUUAUCGCUAGGAACGCUCUAGACACCUCAAAAGUCACCGUGGAGGCUUUCCGAGACUUUAAGAGAAACCACCCCACUCACAGAGGACCCAAAUCAUGCCUCAAGUUGACAACUAAUACUGAAGCAGGAGUUCAGAAAAUGUCUGAGCUGUACGAUCCUGAGCUGUUGGAACAGCACCUGAAUGCCAACACUUCUUGGGCAUUCACAUGGGAAGAGUGUCCCAUCGAAGAGAGGCCCCAAACAUUCCGUGAUGUCUACCCCGAGCCCGAUUACUUACCCCCUGACAUAGAGCUGUCGGAUGUCACACUGUUCACACUGAGUACACAGUGGGCACAGCUAAUGUACAAUGAGGCAAGCUUCCAGUCUGGGUCGCUCGUGGCAACACUGGUGCUGCUGGGAGAAGUGAGGUUCUCCAUUGACCAGAUACACGAGGAGUGUCUGGAGCAUUGCAGCUCAUUCAGGGAGCAGGUGGUCCUCCAGGCAGGAGAUGUCCUGCUAUUUGACCAGAGCCACUGGGGGUUCAUGGCUGUCACCUGGAGUAAGCAAGCCCUCACCACCACCAUGGCAGUAAAGAAACCAACCCCUCAAUAAAACAAUUUGACUCUUUAGAUGCAAUUAAACAACUUUUCAUGUGAAUAAUCUUUGUACAUAACAUGUAACAAAGCUCUAUGUGGUAAUGUGGGUCAAUCAGAAUGAUAAAACUUGACAA